AUGCAUGAGAUCAACCUGCUUCUGAAGCAGCUGGUUGAAGACGAGUAUCUGGUUCUUCAACAUCAGUCUUACGUGAUAUGCCUUGAAAAAUUCUCUGUUCUCUUCUUCAAGCUUUUGCCAAACUGGAAGUGCGGUAAAGUCAGGCAACAAGACAGAAAAGAUAAAUCGGGUACAAAAACCUAAUAAAUACAAUAACUAUAAAGGUACAAUUCACUGCAGAACGUUUUUGUGAUCAGUAAUUGGUAACCUACUCUUGAUAAAGGUGAGAUCGACUAGUUAUAAAAAUGUUCUAAGCCAAAUUUCUCUCUUUUUUUUGCUUAGUUUGCCGUUCAAGUUUAAAGAGUGCGAACAGUGAACUGUACAAAAUUGAGGCGUAGAAUGGCGUUCAAGAUUAAAUUAUGAAGCUCUCUAAAUGUUAGUAAAUGACAUUUCACGAUUUUGAAAACACUGAAGUUUAAAGUAUGAAAUGUAAGACUCAUAUAUUUAGCCUAUUAUGUUAUUGUUAUCGUAGUGGAAAUAUAAAGAGAAAAAUGACAUGAAUCAAACAUUUACCAUUUGAGCGUGGAAAAUGUGACAAUUUUAUGGUCCAAAGGAAUGUCUAUGAGGAAAUGUUUAUGAUUAAGGGAAUUUAAACUUUUGGGCCUACCUAAAUUAGAAAUGAAUGAGUAUUUCUGAACAUGGUACGAUGACCACAAUGACAUCAGAGGUGGAGUGAGUGUUGAAAACGGGCCAGCUCAGGAGUAUUGAAUGAUGUGAUUAGCAUGUCAGGAAAGAAGUGAAGAUCGGAUGUGGCGGGGUGGGAGAUGAAAAGAGUCAGAACAAGUACAAAAUGACUCAACAGAGGGGUGACAAAAGAAUGGGAAGAGGAACAUCAUCAAGAGAGGGGAAAUAUAAACACAUUGUGACGUAGACAAUUUAAAGAAAUGAAAACAGACCCAAUUACAUCGGGAAAAAAUAUUUAAAACAAGAGAAAGCGUGCAAAAAAAUACGAGAAGAAUCUACACGUUGAAGAAGAGAACAACAUUUAACAUGCUAGAAGAGAAAUGAUUCUAGGAAAUACGUUGAAGGAUUACCAAGUUCAGUAAAACCAGGCUCGAUUCUUGCAUUAUGCUCAAGAGUCUCCACAACCUCUUUCUGAUUCAUGUACAAUUGCAAACAUCGUUCUAUAAGGUUUUGUACCUAACAGUCACAUUUAGAAACAUUAGGACAGCUCGAAAAAUGCAAAAAGUAAAUAUUGCAUUUUAUAAUUAUUUUUUAAAUUAAAAAAGAAACGCCAGUGAUUUAUGCCAUCUGUAGCUAUAGAACCAAAGCUCCUAAAUAUGCAUUACGCAGGAAAUUUGAAACCAGAAUAGGAAAAAUGUAGAAACAAGCUAUAUGUCUUCUAAGUGACAUUUACAGGGACAAAAAAAAGGUUAUAUGGUCAUUUAUAAUAUUUAUAAAUUGACCCAAACGGACUUUUGAAAACGGCCAAAAGCAGUCAGAUUUUACUGUUGGAGGACUAAAUUAUCACAUAGAAAAAUAAAUCAAAAGAAGUUAAUUUCACUGGAGAAAAAUAGAAUAAGAAAGAGGGAAGGUUUUAAGACUUGUCCUGAAGGAUCAUGAGAUUUGUAUCAUAAAAUGACCACCAUUAUCCUCAACUAUUCGAUGAUGGAAUAGUUGGAUGGUUCCAUCGCAGAAAGAUUUGACAGAGUCGAACUGCCUUCUUGGUGUCAAUCACUCUGUCAGUACCUUAAGGUACGUUGAAACGUUGUAGUUAUGACAAAAGUCCGCUGAGGAACUGUAGAAAGCUAGAACACAAGUUAUGUAGUUUUGAAGAUUGCCCUCCGGAACAGCCCUGGGGCAAUCCCACAGACUGUGAAAAAAGCCUAAAAGAAGAGGGAAGGAGGAAAGUUUGAUACACUAACAUGUGAUCUUUUGUGGUUGAUUAAACUAGCAUAAAAAAUAUUCAUAGUUUCUUCAUUCUCUUAAAGUUUAUAUUUUUCCGUGUUCAGCAUGUUUUGAAGAUUCCUAAAGCAGCCAUAUAUAUAGGACAGAAGAGAAGCUAGAUAGAAUUAAGAAAGAAAAAGGUCACAAAAGAAUUGAUGGUUGUGUUGAAUGGGUCCUGUUUGAGUGUAAUUAUCUACGAAAUUAAAAUAGUUAAUGAGUAUGCCAAUGUCCCGGGCUGGAUUUAAGAGAUGAACGUUUAAAUUUCCGGAUUUUGAAUUAAGAGAAUAUUGAGAAAAGAAAUGGCUAUUUCUUUUGCCAGUCGGCUAAAGUAAGUACACUGUUUCAUUGGGACUCCAUCAAGUGGAAUCUUCAAAGGGCAAUGGGCCUGGCUGAGGGUCAAAUGAGUGGUCUGGGCAAGGUAUAGACAAUAUAGGUGUUAAAAGAAAAAAAGAAGGGAAAAUAGGUCUAUCAGUUUCAGAGGAAAUAGAGAAAUUAAAGAGCCAUCGAUUUCUUAUUUUUCUCAAUGAGAACAGGACCGGAAAAUGAAAACAAUACAGGAGCUAAUAUUAAAAACAAGCUGGCAGCAGGGCAGGUGGAGUUUGGAUGAGAUGGUGACUCGAACACCCUCUCCUAUGUGUACUAGGAGUGAUUAGGUUCUCUGGCACAAAAACUCCUGCCUCCUUAGUAACAGGAGAGUGUCCUAUAUCUGAUUCCUCGUGGGGAGUCUGAUCUCCCUUCAAAGUAG